AUGGACUUGUCGGAGGGCGAAGACGCGCGAAGCGUGGGCGGGAGCAGCCGAGAGAGUAACGACAGCAUUUGCUUCUGCUGUCGCGGCGGCGGGGAAGUCGUCUGCUGCGAAGGGUGCACGAACUCGUUCCACAUCGACUGUCUAGACACCGCACGGCGGCCUCAGCUCACAGACGAUGACUGGUACUGUCCGGAGUGUGUUGCGCGCGCCGAGCGAAAGGGCGAGGGAGGCUUGCCGCCUUCCACGUACUUUUCCCUGUUGCCCGCGUCGUGCGCUUCGAACUUCCACCCCAGCUCGCCGCUGAACGCGAAGGACGAGAACGAAGCCCCGACCCUCUCGCCUCUUCGAGUCGCGAAGCGCAGGAGUCUGCGCGCCUCCGCCUCGUCGUCUCCUCUUGUCUCCAGCGCUGCUCCCGACGAACCGCCCUCCCGAGGCCUCGCGAAAGAGAAGCGAGAAAACGAAGAGAAGGGAGAGGGAGAGGCCGAGGGCCGAGAAGGAGCAGAAAGGAGAGGCGAGAGGCGAGAAGAGAAGGACGAGGAGAAAACGGCGGUGGACAGCGGCGAAAGUGGACAAGCGACUAGAGAAGAUCUCGCGAGCGAAGCCCCCAACAGCGCAGCAAGUCCCUCGAAGACAGAGCCGCCGCGUCGGGCUUCUUCCUCGGAGACGCCCAGCUCUGUGGCGAGCCCUGCGGGGGCGGCGCCGCGCCGAACUCAGGAGGACGAGAAGGAAGAGAAAAACCGCGAAGGCAGACGCGGCGCCGGCGCGCCGCCCUCGACCGGCGAGAAAGAAGACGACAGGGAAGAACGCGCUGACAGGCGCGAAGGCUCCGCAGGCGCAGAUGGCGACGCUCAAAGGGGCCGUGCGUUCUCUCUCGCUUCGCCUUUGCCCACGGCAGCCUCGUCUCGGGAACUGGAUCCGCCCCCGCCUUCUCACCCCGCGGCGCCUUCUUCCUCUUUGUCGUCGCUCGCGAGCUGUCGUGCAGGAGGCAGGUGGGGCGCGUCGAGCAGCGGGCCGGGGAGUGGCUCGAGUGGGAAGAAACGACGAAGGCGGGGCGACGAGACGCGGAUCAACGUAGGACCCGACUAUCAGGUGCCUCGCCUCCCCGACUUUUACUUGUCUCGCACAGACGAGCUGGCCUCGGCGGAAGAGGCGCGGUGCGCUCUGUUCCCCUUCGCCCCUUCGCUCUCUGCGCGCGCCUCUCUGUUUGUCUCGUCCGCCUAUCCGGGCUCCUCGUCCUUCGCCUCGGUGCCCUCGGCGUCGUCCUUCUUCGCGUUUCAGGACAGCUACUCCCGGGCGGCUGCGGCGCUCGGAAGGAAAACCCCGUCGCACCUCGCCUGCGCGGCGGCUCGGCCGUUCGCUCCCAGCGCGCACCUGGACGUCUCGCGGGUCCGCUGUAGCCAGGCGGCUGGCGAGGAGAAGAAGCGAAGUCGCCCGGGCGUCGUCGCCGCCUCGCCUUCUGGCGUGUACUUUUCGCCUCCAGUCUUCCAGAGCCUCGACGGCGCUUCCCUAGGAACCCACCCGCCCGGGGGGCUGCUCUUCGCGGGUGUGCUGGCCGUGGGCGAAGACAGCAGACACAGCGCGUUGGAGCCGCGGCUCGUGUACUCGCCGCGCUGUCUCGAAGAGAAGAGACAGCAGUGCCUCGCGACGGGCCGCAUGCAACACUGCAUUCGGACGCAAGGCGAACUCGCCGACUUUGUCGAAACGUACGUGGGCGCGCGAGGCCUGGGCAAGACGGCAGAGACAAGUCCCGGGAGGGGGGAGAGAGAGGGAGGUCCCAGCACAGACGGGCGAAGCGAGUCGGGAGACACAGACAACCAAGUUGUCGAGUUUGCUGGACACAGGGAAGGAAAAAAAACGAGCCUCGCGUGGGAAGAGCUUCUGCAUCGGGCAGGCUACGAUCCGCAACGCGCUCUUCGGAUGCUUGACGACCCCGGAUUCUGCUUCAAUGACAUCUGCGAUCCUCCUCUACGAAAGUACGACAACAAGUGGAAGCGCCGAGACAAACGCGGAACUUUCCCCAACAGCCCCUAUCCUCCUCCGCUCGUCAUCCAAGCGUUCUUGCAGGAGAAGACUCGAGGGUGUCGCCCCGCUUCCCUUUCUCACGCCGCGUCCACGUACAUGUCUCGAUAA